AUUUGACAAAAAACAUUUGGUAGUUAGCAUUGCUCUUUCUAUAAAUAUAGGUAUAGGUGAGCAUGCAUCAAAAGUAAAACAACUCACACCAGCACCAUUGUUAAUUGCAGAAUUCUUGGUGGUGGUUCUCUUACUACUAGCAAUGUCAGAUUCCACAGCCAAAGUUUUCGCCUACUUCCCAAUCGUCCUCAACCAGGACGGAACCACCAAGCGCCUUUUCGAAUUCCCAACCCUCCCUUCUGACCCAAACCCUUCUUCUCCCUCUCCUGUCCUCUCCAAAGACCUCCCUCUCAACUCUCUCCUCAACACCUCCUUACGCAUUUUCCUUCCCCGUUGCCGCCACCACCACCACGAACCACCGGUCGCCACCACUCCCAAACCAAAGCUACCUCUCAUUAUCUACUUCCACGGUGGUGGUUUCGUCACCUGCAGCAAAGCCACCACCGGCUUCCACAAAUUCUGCGUGGAAAUGGCAUUCCAAGUUGGAGUAAUCAUUCUCUCCGUCGACUACCGUCUCGCUCCCGAACACCGCCUUCCUGCUGCCUACGAAGACGCCGUGGAGGCCUUGCGUUGGGUUCGGCACCGCUGCGACGAUCCAUGGAUCGUCGACUGUGCCGAUUUCUCAAACUGCUUUCUCAUGGGUACGAGUGCCGGCGGCAACAUUGCUUUCCAUGCGGGUCUACGUGCAGCUGCGGAAGCUGAUGAUCUCGUGCCGUUGAAGAUCAAAGGGCUGGUAUUGCAUCAUCCUUACUUUGGUGGGGUGAAGCGGACUGGAUCGGAGCUGAGGUUGAUCAACGACUCACAAGUGCCGUUGUAUGUCAACGAUCUUCAGUGGAAGCUGUCGUUACCGGUUGGAGCUGACCGUGAUCACGAGUAUUGUAAUCCAACGGUGGCUGGUGAGUCUCCCUCAUUGGAGGUGGUUAGUCGGCUGAGAUGGAAAGUUAUGGUGACGGGCGGUGAGAAAGACCCAUUGGUUGAUAGUCAGAAGGAGUUGGUGAAGGUGUUGGAGAAGAAGGGUGUGGAAGUGAGGGCUAAGUUUGGGGAGGGAGAUCAUCACACAGUGGAGUUGAUGGACCCCACAAAGGCCAAUGCAUUCUUUGUGAUUCUAAGAGAUUUCAUCUUCAAAACUUGCUCUGCCUCAGUGACUGUGAGUAGGUUGUGAGUUCAUCCUUGCGCUAAUCCUUUGUCUUCCAUGGCUCCUUUUCUUUGCUGAUAAAACAAAAAAAAAAAAAAGUUGUGAUUUCAUCUCCAAUAAUGGAAAUGCCGAUGAACGUGAAAAGCAUGAUGAUUAUGACAGGCAGAUAUCCUUUCUUUUGAGUACUUUUUAAAAUAAUCAGUAAAAAAUAAUUAGUGGA